GCGAGUGAAGCAGCAGGAAAAAGAACAAAAAGAGAGAGAGAGAGAGGGGAAUCGAAUGGAUUUAAAAAAGCAGAAAAGGUGGAGGAGGGAUGAGGAAGAGCGCGGGUUUCUAAACGAGCGGGUGCUAAUGCUGGUGUUCAGGCGGAUGAAUUGGGAGCCCCACGCCCUCAGCCACGCCGCCUGUGUGUCGAAGAAGCUCGAGGCUGUUGCGAAGCGGCUGCUGUGGCGCGAGUUGUGCGUCGCGCGGGCUCCUCGCAUUGUGGCGGCCCUCACUGCGGAGGCACCGUCUGGGCGCAUUGAUGGCGGGUGGCCGGCCCUCGCGAAAUUGUUCCUCUUCUGCUGUGGGUUCCGGCCCUCACGUCACUUUAAAACUGAGGCUUGCCUCCCGGGCCACUCUGUGCACCAGUCCCGGUUCUCGAAGACGUCGGGAAAGAGCUUCCUGUUGAGGCAAUGCAGGGGGGAUCUGUUGUAUGUGAGCGACCCCUGCGAGCAUAGCAUUGGGCACUGUGAAGAUGAGAUUGGGGUGUAUAGAGGAGUGUUCAGGAGGUUCGGGAAGUCGAGGACUUUGGCAUGCUUGAUAAGGCGGAGAGUGAGGCUGGAGGCUGGGACUGUGUGCCCCUACUGCCGGGCCGGGGUGUGGAGCAUGACAGCGGCAGGGAUGGUGCCGAGGAGUGCGGCGCGGAGGCUGGGGGCAUGCGAUGGUUGCCUGGAGUACUUUGUGUGCGUCAACGGCCACUUGCAUGGCAGCUGCUGGCUGGUGCCCUUGUCCGCCGACGAAGGUGAUGAUGAUGACGCCGAAGAUAUCGGUGAUGAGAAGCCUAACAAAAUCUCGGGCUUUUGCAAUUGAGAGGUUUGAUUUUGGGGCCGGGAAGUACACGAGAGGACACUAUUUUUUGAAGCUCCCCUCCUUUUCCCUGCUAUUUGUGCACUGUAAGAUUGGUGUGUGAACAUUUAUUCAAAUAAAAACUCCUUCCCUCUACUUUUUCCUCCUCGGUGGGUCGGAAUCUACUGUUUUUGUUGGCAUUAGGGGUCGGGUAUGUCCGAGUAGAUAUCACAUAGCCCCGGUGGGGUCUGUAUACCGCACUUUUUUUUAAAAUUAUUGCUACAUGGUUUCUUCCUCUGUUUUCUGAGUUA